AUGGUUCUUAUCUCCUGGGAUAAACGCCAGCAAUUGGACCUCCCUGAAUAUGCUGCUAGUUUUCUCAACUACAAGGCUCUGAAAAAGCUCAUCAAACAGCUCAGUGCCACGCCUACAAUCGCCGCCCAGGGUGCGACAACAGCUGUAGACCCGCAGUCUGCUCUUCGUGCAAAUAAAGAAGUCUUUUUCUUUCGUCUGGAACGUGAGAUAGAAAAGGUUAAUGUUUUCUAUAUUCAAAAAGAAGCCGAGUUUUCCCUUCGCCUCAAAACGCUGCUUGACAAAAAGCGUGUCAUUCAAGCAAGGAUAGCGGCCAACCCCAAACUCUCGGCCAGUUUUGCAACGUUAGUCGAGGGGUUCCAGCAAUUCGACAAUGAUCUCAACAAGCUUCAACAAUUUGUCGAAGUGAAUGAAACGGCUAUCUCCAAAAUCUUGAAAAAGUGGGACAAAACGUCAAAGUCGAGGACGAAAGAAAUCUAUCUUCAGCGUGCCGUCGAAAUCCAACCCUGUUUCAAUCGCGAUGUGCUUCGAGAUCUCUCAGACCGAGCCACAACAGCUAGACUCAACCUCGAGGCCUGGGCGGAAGGCGAGAAUAUCCAAUAUGAAGUUCCGAGAUCUACUGACCGAACGAUCGGCCAGCGUGUUGGUACAGAAGAAAGUGACAUUGACCUUCAAAUUCUCCAAGCAUCUGCUGCUGGAAAUGUCGGGGCUCUGCGCGAAUGGAUCACAAGGUUGAGUUCAUCUCCCGACGCAGGAGAACGCUUCACCCGCAUCUUCCUCGCAACCAUCAGUGAAGCACCGGAUGAGUCAUUGCGUGUCUUCCUGGACUCUGGACUAAUUGACAUUCAAGCUGAAGACGACAUCAACGAGCGCAAUUGUCUACAUGAGGCCACCAUCUACGGCAAAGAUGUUGCCCUAGAUUAUGGCCUAACUCACGGGGUCGACCCUACAAGGUUAGAUGUCUACGGAAGAGUACCUCUACAUUAUGCAUGUAUCAGGGGAAGAUUAGGAAUGGUGCAGAAAUUGCUCAACCACGGCCUCAACACCGUCGACAUGAAGGAUCACGAUAACUUUACCCCUUUGAUCCACAGUAUAGUCCGCCACCGAGACGACUGUGUGCGACUCCUGCUCGAGCAUAAUGCCAGGAUUGACCCGGACUCAGAUGCGGACCAUAUCCCACUAAACCUAGCCUGUCAACAUGGAUGCGUGGAAAUCGCGAAGAUGCUGCUAGAGAGAAAUGCCAAAUUGCUUCCCGAUGCAGAAGGCCUUUUCCCGCAACAUCUAGUGGCCCGAUCUAGCCAAGAGGCAGAACUCCUCCUCCUCCUGAGGCAGCAUGGUGCAGAUCUCAAUCAACGGGACAAGCUGUAUCAAUGGACACCAUUGCUUCACGCUGCCAGUGAAGGUCGAGUGGAUUGCCUGCGUGUCCUCCUUGAGAACGGAGCGGAUCCUGAAGCCGUUGACGAGAAGGGUCUGACAGCGAUGUACUACGCCACUUGGGAAGGACACUUGGAAUGCGUGGAUCUAUUAUGGGAAGGCAGCAGCCAUCGCCAGGCUGAGAGGCAAGCGUCUUCCAGACUCGGCGCCAUGGUCCCUCCACACGGUCAGAUGAAUGCCAUGGAGAUCACUCCUGACGAGCCAGUGGCUGCAGAAGCCGACGGGAUCCCAGAUCUCUCCUUGCCGCCGCCGAUUAUUCCCCUGCGCCGAUACGGCCACAAUUUCCUCGAUACCAAAACGUUUAUUGCGAUCAAUUUCGACCGCGGAGCACAGGCGAUACAGUUCUUCAAUGAGGCGCGAUAUCCCGCUGCGCGCUUGACCAUCUCUUCCAAAACCUCAGACCUCAUCCCUCGCAACUUGAUGUUGCCCAUACAGGAGGACUCUCGAUCGGCCUAUUUCCAGGUCGACACCCUGAGCAGUUUCGCGGUGGAUUUUGAGAUCUUUCCCACGUUCGGCUCCAAAGUCAUUGCCAAGUCAGUUGCCCUCCCGGACCUAUUCCGGGCGAUCGACAGCAGCGCAGGGACUGGCUGUCUUCCCCUGUUCGACCCUCGCCUGCGCUGCGUCGGUCAGAUACAGUUCAGCUUCCAAGUGAUCAAGCCGUACAUGGGCAUUCCAUUGGAAAUCACGCAGUUUGCAACGUACUGGAAGGCUACCAGUACGUUGGAUGACCGCGGCGGGCUGGUGACAGGCUCGAGUCUCUCGGGGGACUACUUGCGGCUGACUGUACAGCUGACUCGUGACGGCAUCCCAGUCAUCUACCCUUCCUAUUCCGUCCGGUACAACGACCUGGACACCUCCAUAUGUCAAAUGCAAUUUGAUGUGCUGAGGAAACUCGGGCUGUCCAGCAGCCUCCUCCACAGCGACGGCACCACAACGCUACACAGUAUAGACAUCAUGGAAUGGCGCGACCGACUGUCUGGUUCAAUCUUUGCCCUGCGAGAAAUCCUAGCCGCUAUUCCAGGCCAGAUCAACAUCAAUCUACACGUCCUCUACCCGACCGACAAUGAGGAUCUGAAUCCGGGGGUAUAUUCGAGCAUCGACAUCAACACCUUUGCCGACGCCAUUCUGACGGAAGUGUUCGACCACGCGCGUGCUCUACGCGCGCAAUCGCCCGACCUAUCCCGCUCUAUCGUCUUCAGCUCAGACAACACGAACAUUUGCACCGCGCUGAAUUGGAAGCAGCCCAACUUCCCCGUCCUGCUAUGUAAUGACCUGGGCGGCAUGCAUGGGACGGACUGUGGUCGUGGCACUUCGAUCAAAGAGUCGGCCCGCCUCGCCCAAGUGAACAACUUCAUGGGCUUGACUUGUUCGGCCCGUCUUCUACAGAUGGUGCCCGCGCUGAUCGACACGAUCCGCCAGGCCGGACUCGUCUUGGUCUCAGACGCGUCGGGAGCCGGAGCUGGACAACCGCCACAGCCUGCAACUGGCUGGACAUUGAUGCCCGAGGGCGUCAAUGGCAUCAUGAAGCCCAAUGGUAUCUUGCGCUUCAAUGAGACGAUUGACAUGUGA